AUGGGUUUGCUGGUGUUGUCUGAGGACAGGGAGGAUCUGAGGAGAAGAAACACUCCGAUCUGUAAAGACGAGUCCGGGUCAGCCCGGCGGAAUGAGGAGCCUGGAGUUCUGUCUGACUCGGAGAAUGAGGAGCCGAUCAGGAGGAGGAUCAGAAACAUCUCAGCCUUCAUCAGGAAAACCAAAAACUCGUCAGCUUUCGCUGGUGGUUCUCAGAGGAGCCGCAGCUGCACCGACCCGGUAGAGGAAAGAGGAGGGAAGCUGAAGGCCACCAGCCAGCCGGCCAUGAUGGACGGGAGAAGUAAGAGGCUGUUCCUCCUAGACCUCAUUGCCCCCUACACAGCAGUAAUCCUCCUCUCCUCUGAGAACAGUCGCUCUGUCUCGGCUCCAAUCACAGCUCCUGACCGGAGGCUUAUCUGGCGAGCUGUCUUCACAUCGUUGUCCUCAGCGACUCCUCUGGCCCUCCCACCUCCUCCUCGACCUGAGCGCUCCAUCAGCCCCGAGAGCAACGACAGCAUCUCCGAGGAGCUCAACCACUUCAAACCCAUCGUGUGCUCACCUUGCACGCCGCCCAAACGCCUGCCGGACGGCCGUCUGAUGGAGCCUGCCAUCAUCAAGUCCACACCCAGGAAUCUGACCCGCGGUCUGCAGAAGGCCACCAGCUAUGAGGCCAGUCCUGCUGUGCUGCAGAAGUGGAGGCAGAUAGAACUGGACCGCCAGAGCCUCAAAGUGAACUCGAGGGCCACGCUGACGAGCCCUGUCACUGAGCUCCACAACAAGGCCAGUGUGGCAGAGGAUGCCACAAAGGCUCAUCAGUCCCCAGCGGGAGACAGAGUGAUGUCCCACAACAAGAGGAAGCUGCUGUUCGACCCUCCAGCCGGAGAUCCAGACACCUUCCAGAAACAGUCUGUGAAGAUCCGGGUCCCUGCGAUCCGCUACAGCAGUGAGGCAACUUUCAGAGGAGGUUCAGACUUUGAAUCGACCAUUGGCACUCCUGAAUCCUGCAGCGGACUGCUUUUUAAUCGGAAGCAAUCAUUCUCACCAUACUCUAAAAACUCUGGUUUCCAGUCAUGUAAAUUGGUGCCAAAGGACUCACAGAGUCCACAGAAGGAGUCUGACAGUAGUAUCCACAACCAGUCUACCUCAAGGAGGGGCAAGAAGAGGAAGCAGAAGACCAAACACCUGGACUCAGAGCGGGACUCAGACCUGAAGAGGAGUAGGGUGGUCAGCCAGGGGGCCUUUGAUGAACGGUACAUUUGUCAGGUCCAGCAGGAGCGUCAGGACCGAGCACUCGCCCUGAAGCUGCAGAGACAGUUUGACCUGGAGAACCAGACCGUCAACCGCAGGAGGACUCCCGACAAGUACUUCCUGCGGUCCUGGAUGGCUAGUCAGAACCGGAGGAGGCGAGGCCUGAGAAGAUCUCGACGAAUCAACAAGAAGCACUAGAGAGAAGCUGGCACACACAGGAAGAGUUUCAUAUAUGCAAAGGACAAAAGCAAAUCACCAAAAACCAAGUGCACUGAAAUAAAGACGGGACAGUCCAACAGUGAAGUCAGGAACAUGUCUCCACACAUCGUGAACCAAACCGGCCAUAGAAAAUCCCAGACGCUGGCAUCCUCAGAUCCACCUUCACUGGAAACGGGGUCUGUUUCAGCCCGAUAAAUCAGUUCAGACUUUGACAGCUACAGAGGAAGGGAGGGAUUUAUUUUGAAAAUCCUAUAGUGGUGUUGUCUCAGUCAGGAUUCUUGGCCCUGAUUCGAGUCCUGUAACAUUGUGUAUCAGCUGAUACACAGUCCCAUCUUUUAUUUACUUAAAUGAUUCAGUCUGUGUCUGACAGUGAAACAACCACUGAAGCUCUUUUAUCUGACGCACUGUGUUUUUCACAGGCUACUUGACCUAAAUACUGGAGGCCCGGAUUCACAAUGAUGACAGUGAUCAAUUAAAAUUAAUGAUCUGAUGUGAAUGAAAGUUUAAUGGGAGACUGUGACGUGAUGAGAUCCUCUAGAGCGAAGAUGUCUCGCUCUGCUGGAAACACUCAGUCGACUCUGGUUGAACAGCAGUGUUACGCAAUGGAGCGUCUUACCUCAGACAUGGUCUUUGGCUGAGUGCAGACACCGGCUAGGGAGACGCUUUCACCUGAAAGUAGACACGUUUCUUUUUGUCGUCAAACUGAAUAAGCCUGCUUCCGAGUUUGAGAGCGUACGGACACGUUGCCAUGACAAGUCCUGCGAGACUUUUGAAGAACCAACUGAUCUGGCAUCAUCUCAGCAAAGUUAUCUGACUAACCUGAUAAUCUAUGUAGGAAGAGCCCAGAUCCAGGGUCUAACCAGCACUUCUGUGUAGGAAUACAACUGCAGUACCUGCCCCUGGUUCUCUGUGUGUCAAUGCCUUGUACUUGGAUUAGAACAGAAAUGUGCAAAAUAUGAGAGGAAACAAAAAGUAAGUGCACAUAUGUCGCACCUUUCUUCUUUAGCCAAUAACAACAGCAAAGGACCAACAAGCAGCAGAAAACGAUCCGACAAUAGUUGGAACAAACAGCAGCUUCAGAAGAUGGUCAGUUCACAAAGGG